CGUGACCAAUGUCCGGAUGUUUACGCCAGUUACCGUACAACAAGAUCUGUCUGCUAGAUUUCGGGAUGUGCAUGUUGCGAUGAAUGACCAGAAAUGGGAGAUGUUAACCCAGACGUGGGAACCACCUCAAAAGCUGACACCCAGGAGGAGACCAGGUUUGAGAAUGAAGCCAAGGACGGUGAUCUGUCGGAGUUUGGAAAGGCAGGAUCCACGUCUUCUCUGCUAGAUGCAGUGUCAGUGUACGACAUUUUCGUAUCUUACUCGAGUGAUAGCUCUGACGUUCCUCGAGAGUUUGAGACGGUUCUUAGACAAAAUCACCCAGACCUGACGGUAUACUGUGAUGGUGAUGAUUCCAAGACAGGCAGUUCAGGGCUUCAAGAGACCUACAUUGCAGCAGAUAAGACCCACUGUAUGGUAGCGUUUCUCUCCCCUGGCUACAUUCAGUCUUCACAGUGCAAUGAAGAGUUCAACAUUGUCCUGGCGAGACAUUAUGCUCAAGACUCUGUUCUCCUCAUUCCUGUUCACACCAAUGCCUUAGAGACGGUGCCCCGGAGAUUCACAAGCAUUCCGUGCAUUGACAUGGGCAGCGGCACGGGGGAGAUAGCUCUGCUGGCAGAGAAGUUGGCGGAUAUGGUGAUGAGAAUGAAAUUGCGUCAGAGUCUCUGUAGUGCACUCAUCUUCAAGCAAAAACUCCAAGAAAGGAGAGCGGCGGAUUUCAAGAGGAGGUUCCGGUUGGAGGGAGGUCAAGUGGUCAGAAAUUCCACGAUGUCUGUGGAAGUGAAAAGUGGAGAUGUUGUUUAUAGCUUUGCGGAGGAUUGCUCAAAGCUGGCGGCCAUUAUGUGUGCGGUGAUGAAGCAGCGAGCUCCGGGGCUCACCUGCCACCUGCGACCGUCCAACCCCACGCAGCGCUGGGGUCAGCUGCAAUCGGCGGACCUGGUGGUCAUGUUUGUGUCAGACCUGUUCAUUUCUUCGCUGGCGCUGCUGGAGGAGCUUUACAUGGUGCUGUGGAGACAGAGACUGGAGGACCAGCGGACCAUUGCCUACUUUGUACAGUGUGACCAUGGAGCGUCCACGCCUUUUCACUUACAAGCGCUGCCGUUCUCUGUGAGUCUGGAGGACAAUCUGUGGAGGCGUUUGGAGAGAGCCAGCAGCAAUAAAAGCCCUCGAUAUAUGGUGGAUGUGGAUGGAGUCCGCGGAACCUUCCGCUGCACAGUGCCUCAAAACCUAGCUUUGACAGCUGCCGUGCAGGAUAUACUGCACCUCAUGCCCCACAGGCAAGGAAGAUAGCGGUAGUGUAGUUUUAGUCAGAGUUUUUACUGCACCGGUGGCAUAUCCACAACUACUUUGGCAUCUGUGGCACCAUGGUGAAAUCAGGCGUUGUUAAAUAAAUGAAAUCGAAGAAACAGAUUAUAUACCGGUAUGUAGUUCAACCUGUUGGGCAAGUUUUGUCAAUCUAU